AAACUGAGAUUUCUUAUGGGACGAGGAGCCUCCAUGGACCGACCCUCGAUCCCGAGAGGUAUAAGUAAAUGGAAUGAUAUGAGAUUAUUGAUAUUUUGAAAAAGAAAAAAAAAAUCCAAAAAAGGAAAAGGCCUAAUAAAGAAAUUUCUUUUGAAAAAAAAUAGAAAAAUGAAAAACAUGGAAACCGCGCGAAACUACUUCCACUAAAACGUCGAUGAUGAGCGAUAUGUUAUCGUAGCCUUACCAAAACAAGAAGGUGGGUUCGUGAAGCAAGGGGCACCGAUCGGAUGAGAUCCAUCGAUCAGAAAUAAAUAAUACUCACGGGACAACGAGCUCGACGGGUAGAAUGCAGCAAGGAAAUUCUGAUUCGUCCACCCCACCCAAGAAAUCGAAGAAACCCAAAUAUUCUAGAUUUACACAGCAAGAACUUCCUGCUUGCAAACCAAUUCUAACACCAGGAUGGGUUAUAACAUCCUUUGUUGCUGUUGGCAUUAUCUUCAUCCCCAUUGGCAUUGCUUCCUUAUUUGCAUCAGAACAAGUUGUUGAAAUUGUGGACCACUACGACCAAGAAUGCCUUCCUCCUGAGUAUCUCAGCGAUCCUCUUACGUUUAUUAAAAACAGUAAAACUAAUAAAACCUGUAGUAGGAGGUUGACUGUUCCUAAACCAAUGAAAGGUCCGGUUUAUGUCUACUAUCAGCUUGAUAACUUCUAUCAAAAUCACCGACGUUAUGUAAAAAGCAGAAGUGAUAAACAAUUACGAAGCAAGGCAGCUGAAGCAAAUACAAAAACAUGUGCACCAGAAGCGACCAUUGGGACAGGGGAUCCAAUUGUCCCUUGUGGCCUCAUUGCAUGGAGUUUGUUCAACGACACGUAUGGUUUUUCCUUGAAGAACAAGGUACUUCCCGUCAGCAAGAAGGACAUUGCCUGGAAAAGUGACCAAGAAAAAAAGUUUGGAUCUGAUGUCUAUCCUAAAAAUUUCCAGAGUGGAAGUUUGAUUGGUGGUGCAAAACUAAAUGCGAGCAUACCACUGAGCCAGCAAGAGGAUCUUAUUGUUUGGAUGCGAACAGCUGCAUUGCCCACCUUCAGGAAACUAUAUGGGAAGAUAGAAGCAGACUUUGAAGCUAAUGAUAUAAUAACAGUGGUGAUAGAAAACAACUAUAAUACUUAUAGCUUCGGUGGUAAAAAGAAGCUGGUCCUUUCAACCACCAGUUGGAUUGGUGGGAAGAAUGAUUUUCUAGGCAUAGCUUAUCUUUGUGUUGGAGGACUCUGCUUGUUUUUAGCAAUAACCUUCAUACUCCUUUACGUCAUCAAGCCAAGGCCUCUUGGUGAUCCAUCCUAUUUGUCCUGGAACAGAAAUGCAGCAGGGCAGUUAAGCUAAGCAUCUCUUCUGCACCAAAUUCUCUUCUAAUGCUCAAUGGUUUAAGGUAAUAGAAUGAGGGGAGGAGGUCUAAAGGUGUUGAAAGCUACUGGUAAUUAAAGAAGCCUACUUUAUUUUUCUGGUAGCUUAGACUUUGGUUUAUAAUAUAUGUAUAUCUUUGGACCGUGUCUCAUUUACUGAAUUCACAGAUGAAAACGAUUCGAUGUAAGCUCAAUAUUAAGGUGGGGAAAUGAAAUUUAUAAUCUCCUCUUGUUGAAAAAAGCUGGGGAUUGAGGGUGCUACCCUUGCUUUGCUA